GGAGCACGGGGGAGGGUGCCUGCAGAAGGUUUGCAAGAGGACCAAAACUAAUAGUAGCACAUCAUAGCUUCAGUAAACAUCGUCCUUGUGUUUUGUCCAGACUGAUGCCGAUUGGCGAGAUAUAAGAUGACGUCACCCAGUACCAAAGAAGGACGGGUGUGAGUGUUGCUGCUGCUGGUCUUCCCUCAGUGUUGAGUUAACUUGUUAGCCAGAGGGAUGUAUUGGACGAUCGUUCAGCUGUUGACGUGUGUGUUGGGACUCUCCUUCGCUGAGGUAAAGUACGGGUUAGGUCUGCCGGGGGACGACUGUGAGAUGGGCGGGGGCGUGUUUGGGUACUGUGAGGAAGUGUGGGCGUGCCUGAAUGACGGGGGCGUGGUGAAGCGUGAGGGCGUGGUGAAGCUGUGCCAUCCUCAUCACUCAAACCUCUACGUGUGCUGUAGAAAGCCUCAUCUGGUGGCCAAGGAACUGUGCGAGGCGUGGAGUCACUACUGGAGAAGAGGUGAAGGACGAGGCUGCGUCAGUGAGAAGCAGCUAAUUAUUGGUGGAGUUAACGCUAGGCUGGGAGAGUUUCCCCACAUGGCCAUCAUCGGGACGAAAAUGCCAAAUAAACCAAUGAAUUACAUCUGUGGAGGUACUCUUAUAUCUCCUCACUACAUCCUCACCGCUGCUCACUGUCUCUUCGCAUACAGGGAAGGGAUGACCUAUUGGGCCAGACUCGGUGAACAUGACAGGAUCCACCAGUCACUUGAGGAGGUUGAGGUGUUGACGGGUCCCACUCCAGCCUCUCUCUACCGUGCUGCUGACCUUCUGGAUGCUGCUGACCCCUCAAAUAACCUUACAGCUGGUGGUCCUGGUCUUGUAAAUCGUACUAGUGGCCUGGAGGAUCGUGCUGCUGACCAUAGAUUUGGCUUGGGUGACUUGGAAGAGGAUGCAUCUGAUGUGGGAGAUGGUGAGGCCUUGUCUGACUCGUCUCCUAGCAUUCCUGACACCGAAAAUCGUGCUAAUAUCCUUCCAGAUGGUGCUCGUGACCUCCCAGCUGGUGCUCGUGACCUCCCAGCUGCUGCUCGUGACCUCCCAGCUGCUGCUCGUGGCCUCCCAACUGGUGAUGAGCCAGUGCAGAUGGUCCCAGCAGAGCAGCUCAUCGAACUGGGAGACAUGAAGAUCCACCCAGAGUACCAUGGAUUCUACAAGUACAAUGACAUAGCCCUCGUGAAACUGAAGACCCCGGCGAGGCUGACAGAGAGGGUCCUUCCUGCCUGUCUCCCACAAGAUCCUGAUGAGGACUACGUCAAUAAGAACCUGACAGUGGUUGGCUGGGGAUACACUCUCGGCGCUAGGGAGAUGUCGAGGAUUCUACAGAAGGUGACUGUACCUGUAGUGGAUCACCUCUCCUGCUCCACCUUCUUCGUUAACAGUAUCUCCCUCCCUCUUGGCAUCACCCAAGACAUGAUUUGUGCAGGAGAGAAACAGAAGGACUCCUGCCAGGGUGACAGUGGAGGACCUCUCACAGAACAGGUGCCUCGCCACGGAUCUACUUGUGAACAUACAGUGGCUGGGGUAGUCAGCUUUGGCCUAGGUUAUGGGUUCUCAUCCUGUGGUCGUAUUGGUGUCUAUACUCGAGUCUCUUCCUAUACAGAUUGGAUCACAGGCUACAUAGCACCCAAUAGUACUGGCCAGGGAGCCUACCAUACUACAACCACAACUACUACUACUCCUACUACCACAACUACUACUACUCCUACUACCACAACUACUACUACUCCUACUACCACAACUACCACCACUACUAAGAAUAUACAGGAUUUGUCGUCAAAUAUUGUGUUUUUCAAGAAAUAGUUCUGAUACGUUUUCAUUCAUUCAUAUAUAUACAGUUGUACCCCGCUUAACGCGGUUUCACUUAACGCGAUUUCUCGUAUACGCGGUGCCUCGCCAGAACCGAACUUUCACU